ACUGUAAAAUGAACUUGCCUAACUAGGUGGCUGAUACUUGAGACAACCAAAUAUUUUCAAAUGUGUUAGCGUCAGUUAAAACCGAUUUGUUUGCCUUGUACAAAAGAGAACGCUUUUUGUCUAAACAUCUGGACACACUAAAAGUGGUAAGCUUGAGAUAUAUUAGCUGGAUGCUGUUAAGCCUCCUCACUCUCUGAAUUGUCAUGAUCAAAUAUUAAUGGUCCAUCAGCAAUGCUCAGAGGGAGCUUAUAUUGCAUUUGUGAGUAAAGCGUUGGUAAUGUACAGUGGAUCUAUGCACUUUUUUUUUUUCAAAAUCCCAGGGCACUGGGCCAUUCAAGGCUAGCGUUGCAUUUUCAAUUAGAUUCUGAGUGAAUCCCUGGCAUGUGCAGAAGCAAAACUGGUACACAAUUAGCUCAUUGUUGCUUUAGCUUUGUGCGGAGAGGAUCUAAAGGACUGAAAAAAAAGGAGCCAGUUGCAAGAACUGCUAUUGAUGUGGAAUAAGGGAGUUGCUUAUUUCAUGCAGCCGCACUUGAUAAAGGAGAAACUACAGCUAUCAUCUAAUAGCAGAGAGAGUCUCUUUAAAGGCGUGUGCCAGGGGCAAAACACUUGGACUUCUUGGCUAAUUUGGGGUUUCAAUUUUUUUGUUCAACUGCCAUCACUACAAUAUGGAGCCCAACAGUCCCAAAAAGAUACAAUUUGCAGUUCCAUUAUUUCAAAGUCCGCUGGAUCCAGAAGCCUCAGAACAGAUCAGAAAAAGAAGACCUACGCCAGCCUCACUGGUUAUAAUGAAUGAACAGCCACCACCAGAAAUAAAUGAUAAUAGGACAACCAGCACACAUGAAGAGAACGUUUCCCCAAAACAGAGGAAGCAAAGUGUCUACUCAGCCCCGGAGAUGAAAGGUAGCAAUGAGCAGGCAAAACCUUUAAUUUCUAUUGACGAUAAACAUCAGUCCACCAGCAUGCCGUAUGAGCAAACAGUAACAGAGAAUACCAAGCUGCUCAUGAAACCAAGACGAAAAGACACUCCAUAUCAUCUUGAUUUGCCAUUCUUUCCAGGGGUUACACAGAUAAAAACACAGAAGGAUUCUGCUUUUCGUGAGGAAGAUGAAGAAAAUAACAAGGAUGAAGAUGAUGAGUGUGACCACUGAACACUUGGCCAUUUUUUGUAUUGAAGUCUAAGAACUAUACAAUGCUGAUCAUUUUCUCACCCUACAGAAUUUCAGGAGGCAUUUUAUCUCUCAGCUAUGUGUGGUGUUUUUUAAGCAGGAUCUCUUUAUUGAACUUCGGAAUUUCAACGCACAUCAUCAUUAUAAUCUGAUACAGAAUGAGAAAUAUUGUCACAUCAUCCAUAUUUCAUGCAUUACUGGUUUAAUUGUACUAUUCUUAUUGCUAACUUGCUAAAUGGUGUUGAGAAGACAAUCGUGUAAAUAGUGCAAAUAUUAAAACUGCUAUAUAAAUAAACAUUUAGAAAAAAAUCUAA